AUGUUCCCUUUCUCAAUCCAUUCCUCUAAAUCAGAUUCUUAUGACUUACCCUUGGUAUAUAACCUUGUUGUGGUGUUGACAUCGGACCUUGAUCUAGGAUUUGAUUUUCUCGUCCUUGGCGAGAAUCUGGGGAUGAUCAUUGAGAUCCACCAAGGAUCCCUGAAUUCAAGCCAUAGGAAUUCAAGGUCCCCUUCCCCAUGGAGGGCUCAGUCAAGGUCCAGGUCAAGGUCUAGGUCUAGGCCUAGGUCUAGGUCCCGGUCAAGAUCAUUUGAAAAACAAAGGCCAAGAUCCCGCUCAAGAAGUCGAGGAAGAUCAAGGUCGAGAAGUAAUGAAAGGUCUGAGUCUAGAAAUUCAGGGAAUACACUUUAUGUCACUGGCCUUUCUUCGAGGGUCACUGAGAGAGACCUAGAGGAGCAUUUCUCUAAAGAGGGGAAGGUUGCAUCAUGUUUUCUUGUGGUGGAGCCUCGCACUCGCAUUUCGCGUGGUUUUGCUUUUAUCACAAUGGAUAAUGUUGAAGAUGCUAACCGCUGUAUCAAAUAUCUCAAUCAAUCAGUUUUAGAGGGUCGCUAUAUCACUGUUGAGCGGUCACGAAGAAAACGUGCAAGAACUCCUACACCUGGGCACUAUCUUGGUCUGAAAAGUACUAGAGAUUAUGCUGAUUGUCUCAAGGAUAUCGCGGUGACCGAGGAAGGUAUCGGGGAGGGGGAGGUGGGGGAGGUGGGGGAUCUGGUCGUGAAGAUUAUGCAUAUCGUGGUGAGCGUGGAAGGUCUCCAAGGCGCUCGCCAUAUCGAGGUGGUAGAGACUAUUCGCCAAGGCAUUCACCGCCACCUUAUGCUGGAAGAUCUAGGAGGGAUAGGUCCAGGUCACUUCCAUAUUCUCCAUAUGGUAGCCCAGACAGGAGGUAUGCCCGUGGAUCUAGGUGAUCUCUUUUGCAGCUUGUUCCACCUUUAA